AUGCCUUCAGCUCUCAACCUUGCAGCCCUAGCUGCGCUCCUCCCUGCCGCGCUCGCGCAGCUCGUCGGGACGAACACUGCGGAGAACCACCCGCCGCUCACGUGGGGCAAGUGCUCCGGCACGGGCGGCAACUCGUGCCAAUCGCAGUCCUCCUCCGUCGUCAUCGACGCCAACUGGCGCUGGACGCACAACGGUACCAGCGGGUUCAACAACUGCUACACCGGGAACACGUGGGACCAGUCGCUCUGCGGAUCCAGCGGUACCGCCUGCUCGCAGGCGUGCGCUGUCGACGGCGCGGACUAUUCCGGCACAUACGGCAUCACCACCAGCGGGAACGCGCUUACGCUCAAGUUCGUCACCCAGGGCCAGCAGAAGAACAUUGGCAGCCGUGUCUACCUCAUGGCCCCCGGCAGCCAGACGCAGUACCAGGCGUUCAACUUUGUCAACCAGGAAUUCACAUUCGACGUUGACGUCUCCCAACUCCCCUGCGGCCUUAACGGUGCGCUCUACUUCGUGCAGAUGGACGCGGACGGCGGUGUCUCCAAGUCGAAUGGAUUGAACAAGGCCGGCGCUAAGUACGGAACGGGAUACUGCGACGCGCAGUGCCCAAGGGACAUUAAGUUCAUCAACGGUGUUGCCAACUCCGUCGGCUGGACCCCGAGUCCCAACGACACCAAUGCCGGAACUGGCACUCAAGGAACUUGCUGCCCCGAGAUGGACGUCUGGGAGGCUAACAGCAUCUCCACCGCUUACACCCCCCACCCGUGCACGACCCUCGGCCAAUCCACCUGCACGGGCACCGCCUGCUCUGCCCCCAACGUCACCUCGGGCACCUGCGACCAGGCCGGCUGCGACUUCAACUCGUACCGCAUGGGCGUGACAAACUUCUACGGCCCGGGUAUGACGAUCGACACGACCAAGAAGAUCACGGUGGUCACCCAGUUCAUCGGGAGCCCGAUCAACCAGAUCAAGCGCUUCUACGUGCAGAACGGCGUCGUGCACGGCAACUCGAACAGCACGAUCAGCGGCGUGACGGGCAACUCGCUCACGGACUCGUUCUGCGCGGCGCAGAAGACCGCGUUUGGGGAUACGAACACGUUCCAGCAGAAGGGCGGCAUGGCCCGGAUCUCGCAGGCCGCGAGCGCCGGUAUGGUUCUGGUUAUGUCCAUCUGGGACGACCACGCCGCUAACAUGCUCUGGCUCGACGCGCCCUACCCGCCGAACAAGUCCGCCUCGUCCCCUGGUGUCACCCGCGGCACGUGCUCGCCGUCUUCCGGCCAGCCCUCGCAGCUCGAGAACUCCGGCAGCAACAUCCAGGUCACGUUCUCGAACAUCAAGUUCGGCCCCAUCGGCUCGACCUUCGCUCAGGGCAGCGCCACAUAA